AUGCAGGCUCCACCACAAGAAAGCAUCGACUACAAGAUGGAGAAAGACAUGGAUCUGUGCAUUAAGGCGGUUGAUACCGUGCAGUCCAACAUCGAGGCGCAUUCCGAACCAUUGGAGCAUACAUCCACUAAACAGGGCCUGAAAUCUCGACAUGCCCAGAUGAUUGCUCUCGGUGGAACGAUUGGGACAGGUCUAUUUUCCACAACGCAGUGUGGGAUUAUGAUCGUGAUGGUUGUUAUUGUCGCCUUGAACACUCUUCCUGUUCUCUUCUAUGGCGAACCGGAAUUCCGCUUCGCUUCCAUCAUGGUCUUUGGUAUCCUCGGCUUGCUCAUCAUGGCUUUUAUCUUCGUCCUUGGUGGAGGAGCAAACCAUCAAAGACUAGGGUUCCACUACUGGAACAAUCCAGCCUCCAUCCAUGACGAAUUGGUCACUGGAGCAUCAGGGAAGCUUUGUGCCUUCCUUGGAACCACCAUCUUCUCCAUGUAUGCGUUUCCUUUUGCCCCUGAACUGCUUGUUGUCACUGAAGGGGAGAUGGAAUCUCCACGACGAAACCUUCCAGUAGCCGGAAAGCCGUACUUCCGCCGUUUGGUCAUUUUCUACGUCUUGGGUGUCGUGGCCAUCAGUGUGAUUGUACCUAGCGACGAUCCCAAGCUCCUUAAUGGUGGUGCUGGCGCAGUAUCUUUACUACGGGCUGUUGCUAUCAAGAACGCUGGUAUCUCUGGCUUUGACUCCGUUGUCAAUGCUAUCAUCCUCACAUCAUCGCCCGGCAACUCGUGUCUUUAUAUGGCCGGCCGAGCUCUGUACUCAAUGGCAGCCGCUGGAUCAGCCCAAAAAGUCUUCAUGAGAUGUAACAAUCAGGAAUAUCUUAUUAUGCAGUGGCUGCCGGUGCCUCUGUCAGUCUGCUAUCAUAUCUCGACUCGUCGAGCACUGAAGCGACAGUCUUCAUCCGGGUUGUGA